AGAAGAACACAACACACACACAGAGUCAUCAAACUUUAGGGAAAAUUCUCUCAUCAACUAAACAGAUUUUGAGAAGAAAAAAAAAAAAAGAAGUGGAUUAGUUAUGGUAAGUACUGUUUGGCUGUGAGAAAAAGUCAAGUUUUUUUUUUUUUUUGGUGGUUAGAGGAAAGAGCGAAAGAGAAGGGAAGAUUAAGGAUAUGAAUAGGGGUGGAAUAGGAAUAGGAGGGCCAAUGAGAAAAUCCUUCAAGGAUUCUCUCAAAGUUCUUGAAGCUGAUAUUCAACAUGCUAAUACUUUGGCAUCUGACUUUCCCAGAGAGUAUGAUGGAGCUUGCGUACAGAUGCGACUGUCCUACAGUCCGGCAGCGCACUUGUUCCUUUUCUUAGUUCAAUGGACUGAUUGCCACCUUGCUGGUGCCCUUGGAUUGUUGAGAAUUCUAAUUUACAAGGUUUAUGUUGAUGGGACCACAACCAUGCAAACUCAUGAAAGGAAAGCAAGCAUUAGGGAGUUUUAUGCUGUUAUAUAUCCCUCCUUACUUCAACUUGAAAGAGGUGUUACUGAUUCAGAAGACAAAAAGCAAAAAGCGAUUUGCCAGGAGAGAUACAGGAGAAGAGAUGACGAGGAUUACAGACAGUGUUCUGACUCGGACAUUGAAAGGGAAGAGGAAUGUGGAAUCUGCAUGGAAAUGAACAGCAAAAUUGUCCUUCCCAAAUGCAAUCACGCGCUGUGCUUGAAAUGCUAUCGUGAAUGGCGUUCGAGGUCACAGUCAUGCCCCUUCUGCCGCGAUAGCCUUAAAAGGGUAGACUCCGGGGACCUGUGGGUAUACAUGGACAACAAUGAUGUAGUGGACAUGUCAACAAUAACAAGGGAGAACCUGAGAAGGCUAUUCAUGUACAUAGACAAGUUACCCCUGAUCGUGCCGGAUAAUGUUUUUGACCACUAUGAUACUCAUAUAAGGUAGAUGAGCAAUGCUGGUCUUUUAUUGGGGAUUGAAUCAUACUAAGGACCAAGAAAUUGGUCACACUAGAUUUAGAAAUGCAGGUGGAUUACUUUCCACCUGAUUAGAAGGACCGACCGAGUCAUCGUAGGGCAGGGGUUGAACCUAAGUUAGAUUAGCCUAAAAAUGGAGCUUUUUAAUUGCAUCUCCUAAUUUGUAAAUUCCUGUAUAGUUACAGUUUACUUCUUGAAGACACAGUGUACUCUUUUUUCGUUUGUUUUCUAAUCUUCGAGUAUGCCAUAAUUACCAGCAGUUGUGGCUUUGUCAACUGCAGAGUUUUAUGGUUGCAAUUUAUUUUGCCUUUUGAGAGUGUAUAAUAUAAGAUGUAUUUAAUUA